AUGGCUCACUCAAAAUCAAAACUCAAAACCCUAAUUUCUCUCUCUAAACUCUUCCUCUCUUUCUCUCUCCUCCUUCACACCGCCAUUGCCGAUGACGGCGUUUUCAUGUCAAAGCUCGCGAAAUCACUUUCACCAACUCCCUCAGGGUGGACGGCGACCACAUUCUGCAGCUGGACCGGCGUGAAAUGCGACGAUUCUAACCGCGUUUCAUCGAUCAACUUAUCUUCCAAGUCACUCAGCGGAACAAUACCUUCCGAUCUGAACUCACUCUCUGAACUCACGUCCAUCUCUUUCCAGUCCAACUCGCUCACCGGCGCGUUACCUUCACUCGCUAACCUUUCUAAUCUUCAAUCGGUUUUCCUCAGUAGUAACAACUUCACUUCAAUCCCCGAUGGUUGUUUUCAGGGUCUCACCAGUCUUCAGAAACUUUCCAUGACUGGAAACACUAACCUCAAGCCUUGGACAUUUCCGUCUGAGUUGACACAGUCUUUGAAUCUCGUUGAACUCGACCUUGGUCAAACGAACCUCGUUGGUUCCUUGCCGGAUAUAUUCGGUCCAUUGUUCAGUUUGCAGAACCUUCGUCUCGCUUACAACAACCUCACCGGAGAUUUACCUAACUCGUUUUCAGGAUCUGGGAUUCAGAACUUGUGGCUCAACAAUCAGCAAGAUGGGUUUGGGUUCACCGGUUCUCUCAAUUUGCUUUCGACGAUGUCUCACUUGACUCAAGUGUGGUUUCAGAAGAACAAGUUCACUGGUCCCAUUCCUGAUUUAUCAAACUGUACUAAUUUGUUUGAUCUUCAGCUUCGCGAUAAUCAGUUAACAGGUGUUGUUCCUCAUUCUUUGAUGAGUUUAUCUAGUUUGACGAACGUUUCAUUGGAUAAUAAUAAUUUGCAGGGCCCUUUUCCUUCUUUUGGGAAAAGUGUAAAGGUUACUCCUAAUGAUGGGAUCAAUAGCUUUUGUAAAACCACUCCCGGACCUUGUGAUCCGAGGGUUACUACUUUGCUUGAUGUUGCUGCUGGUUUUGGGUAUCCUCUUCAGUUGGCUAGUUCCUGGAAAGGGAACAAUCCUUGUCAAGAUUGGAGCUUUGUUGUUUGUUCAGGAGGGAAGAUUAUUACCGUGAACUUAGCUAAGCAGAAUUUGAAUGGAACCAUUUCACCUGCAUUUGGGAAUUUAACUGAUUUGCGGAAUUUGUAUCUGAGUGGUAACAACUUGUCUGGUUCCAUACCGGGGAGCUUGACGGGUUUGACUCAACUUGAAGUUUUGGAUGUGUCUAACAACAAUCUAUUUGGAGAGAUUCCUAAAUUUUCUACUAAAGUGAAGUUCAAUUCUGCUGGUAAUGUUUUGCUCGGGCCUUCUGGAGGUGAUAAAGGAAGGGGAACUACUCCGCCGGAGAGUUCUGGUGGUGCACCGAGUGGAAGUCCAUCGAAAAAGUUAAGUGGUUCUUCGCUGUCACCUGCUUGGAUUGCAGGUAUAGCUGUUAUUGCUGUGUUUUUUGUUGCAGUGGUGUUGUUUGUGUUUUGUAAGUGCUUUACUAAGAAUCGGAGGCAUGGGGAAUUUGGAAGGGUUAAUAAUCCUGAAAAUGGAAAAGGUGAGAUUAAACUUGAUGUCAUGAGUGUUUCCAAUUCUAAUGGAUAUGGUGGAGUUCCGAGUGAGUUACAGAGUCAAGGAAGUGAGCGUAGUGACAACCUUCAGGUUUUUGAGGGUGGAAAUGUUACUAUUUCAAUCCAAGUUCUUAGGCAAGUAACUGGUAAUUUCAGUCAAGAUAACAUUUUGGGUAGGGGAGGAUUUGGAGUUGUUUAUAAAGGGGAAUUGCAUGAUGGAACUAAGAUUGCUGUGAAGAGGAUGGAAUCUGUUGCAGUGGGAACUAAGGGAUUGAAUGAGUUCCAAGCAGAGAUUGCAGUUCUAACUAAAGUUAGGCACAGGCAUUUGGUUGCUCUUUUAGGAUUCUGCAUUAAUGGAAAUGAAAGGCUUUUGGUGUAUGAGUAUAUGCCUCAAGGAACAUUAACACAACAUCUAUUUGAUUGGGGUGAAAACGGAUGUGCUCCUUUGACUUGGAAACAAAGGGUUGCAAUAGCUUUGGAUGUAGCACGGGGAGUUGAAUACUUGCACAGCUUAGCUCAGCAAAGCUUCAUUCACAGGGACUUAAAACCCUCCAACAUACUAUUGGGUGAUGACAUGAGAGCAAAGGUUGCAGAUUUUGGGUUGGUUAAAAAUGCACCGGAUGGGAAAUAUUCCGUUGAGACUAGGCUGGCAGGAACAUUUGGAUAUUUGGCACCUGAAUAUGCAGCCACUGGAAGAGUGACAACCAAAGUAGAUGUUUAUGCAUUUGGAGUAGUUCUGAUGGAAUUGAUUACUGGUAGAAGGGCAUUGGAUGAUACUAUGCCUGACGAACGAUCCCAUUUGGUUUCAUGGUUCCGCCGGGUACAAGUCAACAAGGAGAACAUCCCUAAAGCAAUCGAUCAAACAUUGAACCCUGACGAAGAAACCAUGGAGAGCAUAUAUAAAGUGGCUGAGCUAGCAGGCCAUUGCACUGCUCGCGAACCAUACCAGAGGCCUGAUAUGGGACAUGCAGUGAAUGUCCUGGUUCCUCUGGUUGAGCAAUGGAAGCCCACCAGUCACGAAGAAGAAGAUGGUUAUGGUAUUGACCUUCACAUGAGCCUUCCUCAAGCUCUGCAAAGAUGGCAAGCCAAUGAAGGCACUUCCCAAGUGUUUAAUGACACAUCUUUCUCACAAACCCAAUCAAGUAUUCCUGCAAAACCUUCCGGAUUCGCCGAUUCCUUUGACUCAAUGGAUUGCCGAUAA